UUAGCAAUCCCUGAACAGCUCCUACCAUACCGAUCUCCUCUACAUCUUGCCAUAGAGGUUUUGAAAAGAUUCAAUCCUCACCAAUUAUCAGAACCUAAACGAGCCUUCAAUCGAGAUAUGUCACCACUUGAAGACCAAUAUAGCAAGGAGUUCUACCGCUGUAUUGAUGAGAUCUUACGCAGUCGUAUACUUGUAUCACCGGAACUUGCGAUUGACUACGGGACUCAGAGCGGUAGUCUGGAUCUUUAUAUCUCGGAUAUGAAUUGGGGUAUUAAACUCCUGAGAGACGACGAUUGGAUCUCAGAGCAUCUAAAUCGGUUUGAGCCCGGGGGACAGUACCACCGCCUCGUACAAGAAAACAACAUGGACCAGCGGAUUGUCCUUAAUUUCACAAACAGAAGGCCUCCCAAGAAACGAACAGUUACUUUGUCGCGUCACUGCGGUCAACUUUACCACAUUGUUCUCACGAAUAACUUCAGAUAUUUUGAAAUUCUGCAUGCAGACCUUAAGCUCGAAUCAGCGUUUUCCUUACUG